AUGUAUACGUAUGAAUAUAGAACUGCUUACACGGCCAUACCUGUGAACGUCGAAAUGGGACGGAAAAUAAAAAGCGCUACGAAUCCUAAUGCGAUUCUUAAUGAAUUUAUUGUUCAAAGCAAUGCAUUAGCCAUCUACACCGAUGGUAGUAAAAUUAAUGACUGCUCUGCUGUUGGAAUCCUCGGAAAUGAAAAGGCUGACCAAGCGGCUAAAGAUGCUGUGCACGAAACGGUUAUCGAUAUUACAAAUAUUCCCUACUCAGAUCUAUAUGAGACGUUCUAUCGAGAAGCUAAACUAGAGUCUGACAGGAUCUAUCGUGAAAACAGUGUGAAUACUGGCUUAAAAUAUUUCCACCUUUUUUAUGAUAGCAAUAAUAAACCUUGGUAUGCGGGCAAAAAAAUCUCUAGAGAAUCCAUAGUCACUAUCAACAGAUGCCGAGCUGAUCAUUACAAUUUAGCGGAUUCACUGCACAGGCUAAAAUACGUUACUGAUCCUAAGUCAAAAAGUAACUUCUUCGAAGCUCAGACUAUGUUGAAAAUAUGUGAAGAUUAUUCAUCAGGAGCAGAUGAAACUUUCAAAGAACUGAAUGAUAAAACAAAAAGACAUGGGCGACACGCAGUCCUAUAUUCUGGAGAUGAACGUGAAAAUAGCACGCAAUUUUCCACAAAGAAAUUUGCUUCAAUUAAAAAAGAGAAGGGAACUAAACAAACUAAAAAGUCAACAAAAAGUAAUUUGACAGACAUGUUGCCUCGGCCGCCUGAUCGAAAUUUAUUGAAUAUUGCAUCGACGUCGGGUAAAAGUUUUCACAAAACUGAAGAAAAUAAUGAAGAAGAAAGAAUGAAUUUUGAAAUGGAAAAUGACACGAUCGUUGAGAACUAUGACGAAAUUGAAGAUGCUGGAGAACCGUCUACUACUAGUAACUCGCCAUGUACUACACUAAGGAAGCCAUUAACAGACAUUACCAAUGAUGCAAAAAGUUUGGCUACAGUUCCACCGCUUCAAAAGUUAAAAAAGAUUUCAGAUAAUUCAACAGAUAUCCAACUUCUUCUUAUUGUCAACGAGAACUUAGAAAUAGUAAACGAGAAUAUGAACAAAGUUAGUGGAAAAGUAGAUUUGGUUUUUGGUAACACAUGUCGUUUGGUAACUUAUCAGGCGAAGGAAAAAGUACUUGGAUCAAGCCCGUCACCCAACGAUUCGUCUGAUUCCUCUUGGAUCGAAACAAAAAGGACCAUGAUGGCUGUGUUUCAGAAAAUGACUACGCUUGACCUAUUUUUGGAGUUUAACCAGGAACUAGAGAAUUCAGCUGACUUGAGAGCUAGAGUGAAAAAAUAUUUAGAGGAAAAAAUGGUCCUUGGGGAAUGGCAAUUGACGGCUCGUGAAGUAUUGAACGCAGUAAUGCCAUUGCAAGUACAGCGGCUAUACAACGGACAGGGUCAAAAAGGGACGAAAAAGGCCUUGAUUAGAACCGAAUUGUAUCCCAUUUUGGAAGGAAUCGUUAUAGAUUCUUCGAAAGCUCAAAAUGGUAAGCGAAUAGGUGUUGCACAAGUUGGUGCCAAAGAAAUCAAGUCUUAUUACAGCAGGUACCUCAGAGGAGCCGAAGGGAAAUUAAAAAGUCGUGCAAAUAGUAAAAGGAAAUACUCUGAUUCUGUCGUGUCGGCGUUGCUGUUUGGAAUUACACCAAGCAACCAACCAAAAAAAUCUGCCAGAGAUAAAUCCAUGCCUCAAGAAUCCCCAAAAGACGAUGAAAAUGAGACCAUGGCGAAUGAUACAUUUGCGAGCCAGGUGAAUAGAGGAAAUAAUAAUGAGUUUCAAGUAUCUGCAUUGAUACAUGAAAAUGAAAAAUUCUCGUCCAAUGAUGAAGUGAGAGUUAAAAGUAAUCAGGUGUCUGGACACAUCAACUCUUCUCCCCAGCACAGAACAACUGACGAUGAUGAUAGCUCAUUUGAUUCGUAA